ACACAUAAAUUAGCAAGCCAUGCACGCGGCUACAAACAAGCGACUACAGUCAGAUAGCUCAUGUAACUUCCACGAGUUAAAGCAGUGGACAGUUACAGAUAUUGUCGCUUUUAAGUCUGGAAAACGAUCUCACUUCACUCCAGCACUUACAGCCUCGUCUGGAAUGCUGACAACUUCUAAUGUACUCAACCAAUUGCAGUGCCGUUUGCUAAUCCCACAUCCAAUCACAAAGCGCGAUGGUGGAGAUUCUAGAAGUGCAACAAACAUGGCAGCCCCCUGUCACCGCAAACAUUGAAGGUUGCUUGUGGAUUUGACAAGUUACAUUUGCACAUAGAGAACAUGAAAGCAUGCUGAGCUUGUCGAUCAAAGAGGUCUCCUUGGCUCUGAAGGAGGGUAGGAUCUCCCCCACAGAACUGUGUCGAAAAUGCCUGAACCGUAUCAAGAAGACACACCAUCUCAAUGCUUACAUCACUGUGUCAGAGGAGCUGGCAUUAAAACAAGCACAUGAGGCUGAGAGCAGACUCUCCAAAGGUGUCUCCAAAGGUCCUCUUGAUGGAAUUCCGUUUGCUGUGAAGGACAACUUCUGCACAGAGAACAUAAAGACCACCUGUGCCUCCAACAUGCUAAAAGACUAUACUCCUCCUUACAAUGCCACAGUGGUUCAGAAGCUCCUCGACCAGGGUGCUGUUCUCAUGGGCAAAACUAACCUAGACGAGUUUGCAAUGGGGUCAGGCAGUACUGACAGUGCUUUUGGUCCAGUCCGGAACCCGUGGAGCUAUGAGGCUGCAUACAGGGAGAAGUCUGGGGCUGACCCAGACGCCGACUGGGUCAUUGCUGGGGGAAGCUCUGGAGGAAGUGCUGCAGCCGUGGCUUCUCUCACCAGUUUCUUUUCUUUGGGGUCGGAUACAGGUGGAUCCACCCGUAACCCAGGGGCCCUGUGUGGCGUUGUGGCCCUGAAGCCCACCUAUGGCCUGGUGUCCAGGCACGGUCUGAUCCCACUGGUCAACUCCAUGGAUGUCCCAGGCAUCAUAACCCGGAGUGUCCAUGACGCAGCCACCGUCCUGGGCGUCCUCCAAGGCCACGAUGUAAAAGACUCCACUACUGUAACCGACCACCCCACCCCAUUGACGGGCCUACCCGAUGACUUUGACCCCAGGAACAUCCGUGUGGGGAUUCCCAAGGAAUACCAUGGCCCAGGUCUGUCCCAGGAGACGCUGGCCCAGUGGAGCCGUGUGGCGGACAUGUUUGAGCAGGCGGGGUUUCAGGUGGAGCAGGUGUCCCUCCCCCACACCCAGCAUUCCAUCGUCUGCUACCACGUCCUGUGCCAUGCCGAGGUGGCGUCCAACAUGGCACGCUUUGACGGCCUGGAAUAUGGCCACCGUAGUGAUGUCAGCAGUUCAACAGAGGCCAUGUACGCCGCCACUCGUCAUGGGGGAUUCAACGAUGUAGUCCGAGGAAGAAUCCUGUCAGGGAAUUACUUCCUGCUUAAACAGAACUAUGAGCACUACUUUGUAAAGGCACAGCAGGUGCGCCGGCUGAUAAACGAGGACUUCAGGCGGGUAUUCGGCUCAGGUGUGGACGUGCUGCUCACGCCCACCACGCUGAGCGAUGCCAUGCGCCACACCGACUUUGUUCAGGAAGACAACCGGACGCGCAGCGCUCAGGAGGACAUCUUCACACAGCCCGCUAACAUGGCAGGGCUCCCUGCUGUUUCUGUACCAACAGCAUUAUCCAGCAGAGGCCUUCCCAUUGGCCUGCAGCUGAUAGGCCCCGCCUUCCAGGACAGGAGCCUGCUUACGGUAGCCCAGUGGAUAGAGCAGAAGGUGGGCUUCGCCCCCAUCCGUUACCAUGGAGAUGCUGGAGAGGGUGAAAUAAGGGUGGAUGUCCGUGAUAGAGAACAGAACUUCGCUGUAUGAGUGGAAAAGUGGAGACCAAGCCAGUUAAUACAGACCUCAGGUGGAUGGUUUUAUCAUGGUUGAGGAAAGGACCAUUGGAAAGAAGCCUUUUCUGGUUACUGAUCAGGUAACUGACAGCCAGGGAAAUCAAUGCAUCACUUUUCUCUGGCGGUUUUCCAGUAUGUCAAUAUGAAUGAAUUACUUGGGUUACGUGAACUUGGGCAUCGAACAGUGACAAUAAGGUGUGGAGAACACCAUUGCAUCAACAUCCUUUCAGUAACAACUGUUGUGAAAUGUUGAAAUGAAAUGUAGCAGUUUAACUUGGCUAUGAGAUAUUGUUUGAAGAUAAAUACUAAUGCAACAUGUUAUGUUUGUCUGUAAAUAGAAUGUUUUAGGUGUGGCUUUACAAAUCCCAUAUUUGCCCUUAUCUUGUGUAAUCUGUACAGAAAAAAAUCACCUGUUGUUUCCUCACAAAAGACUUAUCAAUAUUUGUUCAAACAAAAGAACGUGAAACACUUUCAACACAGUGCAGAGAGUAAAACCUUCCCAGGCAACUUAAAAGAAUGUCUGCCUUAUUUGUGCUGAUACGAUAAGCCCAACAAAUCUCAAAAGUACCUAUUUUGUAAAUGGACAGUGGUCGUUAACGGUUGCAGACCUAAACGGCACCGUGGAGACGGUUGUGAGAAGACUACCUAAGACUAUGUUGUCAUGUGAUCCUGUCCAACAUGACCCAGUGCUAAUUUGAUCCCCUCUUUAUGUUUUUUCGAUUGGGUGUCAGGUUACCUGAAUGGUGAUGCAGGGUCAGUUCAGCCUUAUUGAUCAAUUAGAUUCACAAUUUUGUUGACGAUAGUCACUCCCACAUUUUAGUGCCAAGUACACCUACAGUUUGGGAAAAAAAUUAUUUGAUCCCCUGCUGAUUUUG